UACAUGACGUUCUGGAGAAGGAGAGUAGCCACAAACCGAAUAGUUUCUUUGUGAUGCAUCGGGCCCCAACUGAACACCGUGCUGGAAGCAGCGGCCCUUUUCGGCGAUGUUCUCUGCAGGCCAGAACACGAGUAGUCUUCUUGAACAAGGAGAACAGCGACCAUUGUGGAAGGCUCGACUAGAUUGCCGCUUGCGUUGCAGGUACUAGGUGGUGCUACUAUGGCGUGGGCAAGGCAAGGGUGGCCAACUGCCUUGGCUUUACUCAGCAUUUUGACGGGUUUGUCUAGAGCUGGGGCGGAUGUUGUGGAAGCUCCGCCUGUGUCAGGGCCCUUACUCGUGCUAUCUGUGCCCGAGCGUGCAAUUGCCGUUUCCGCAUCGUCCGACUGCUCCGCAACGCACAAUGGGAGUGGUGUGACGGAAAUGUUUUCGUUUCCGGAAACCUCGGGGAUCCCGCGCCGGUGCAUCCCAGGUUCAGAGUUCUACAAUGCAGGGAAUGCGCUAUGGGAGAGUAUGUAUUCCACCAAUCCGGAGCGUGCGUGGAAGACCGUAAGCGGUGACCAAAAUGCCAGUUUGAGUCUGGCUUUGUCCCAGAGCCUGUCAGUUGUGGCAGUUCAUUUCGCUCUUCAUACGCCAGUACCAGAGGCCAUUGUGAUGCGAGGCAUCAGAGAGGACGCCGAACAAUCGCAGGUCCUGCUCGUGGCCGUACGGGACAGGGACGACUGCGAGCGAGUCUUCAACGUGCCGCGCGAUGACGUGACGUCGAAUGCGUAUCCGCAGUGCUACUGGCUGAGUGGGUUACUAGAUGAGAACGAGGAUACCAUCUACCCGAUCCACAUUGACCUGCCAGUGGUGAUCAUGCCCAACAGAGCAGAUGCUGUCAAUGCAUCUUACCUUGAAUCCUUGACGUUCCAAGAAGUUGUCAUCGACAUACUAGGCAUACCCGGAAAUACCACUAACUCGACAUUUCUGGCAGUGUCUGACUUGCAACUGCGUGGCAGAUGCCAAUGCAGCGGACACGCAGCCGAAUGCUCGCCGACAACUCUAACACCACCAUUGCCGUUCGAGCCGGAAGAAGAACCGGGACCCCGGCGUGGUCGCCGAUCCACCGUCACUACGCUUGGGAACUCGACCGACUACUACGUGUGUGAGCCAUGCCUUCACCAAACUACGGGUGUGCAGUGUGACCGCUGCUCCACUGGGUUCACAGCACGCAACUUCAGCAGAGCCCAGCUCUGUAUAUCGACAAUAUUGUUAACGGGAGGUCUAAGCAAUAUCUCAAUAGUCACUCAGCUCGGGCGGGAGUUCGAGAUCCGGCCAGCCCUCAGCACCGGCAUUCCUCCCGAGAUAUCCUGGUACAAAGAUGCUGUUCCCAUCACUGCCAGUGACCGUUUUCAAAUUCUCCCCGGCGCUCUCAGGGUGAUAGAUGUAGUUCCAGUGGAUGCCGGCUACUAUGAAGGUAGAUUGGUGAAUGAUGGCGGAGUCACGGAAGUGUUCGGAGCAGUGGUCUGUAUUCAGUCUCAGCGAUUGCCCGAGAUCACCCUGCCACGGGGUAACAUGAGAGUGGUGUACGUCGGAGGCACUGUGACAUUGCAAUGCCGUGUCGUAUCGUCACCGGACACAGAUGUGACCUGGAGCACCACCUUUCUAGGACCGAUAACGUCUGAAAUGCCGGGAGUAACCAUCAACCAAACGGAUCAGUUGAUUGACAAUGGCCAGCAACGUGUAUAUCACUCAACGCUGACAAGAAGCGGAGUGCGUAUAGAGGAUUCCGGAGUGUAUCUGUGCAGGGCAUCCAUACUUCUCACGGAGUGCAUGGAAAGCGUUUUUGAAACGUCCGUGGGCAUCGACGUCUUCAUCUGCAGGAUGUCUGACCCCAUCACUAGAUGGAAUUUCUUCAAGUCGCAACCCAUUAUACUGUGGGUGGCACUCAUCGGCUGCCCGAAACCGCCUGUUGGUACCUCGGUUCAGUGGAGUUUCUCCACCACUCUCCUAGAUCCUUCUAACGUGUCGUUUAGCACGGCUGGCAGCAAUUUCAGCGCUCGCCUUCCUGACCUGCCGAUUGGCGUGUACAAUGCCACGUUCAAACUGCUGUCCGCUGAUGACACUGUGGUGCAGCAUAUCAAUAUGACAAUCACAGUAGCUGGUUCACCAGUAUUGAGACGCAUUGGUCGAGAGCGAAUUACAGCCAUAACGGGAGGUAGACCUGGGUUGAUCACGCUUGCAUUCGCAAUCGUUGAGCCAGCUCUCACUCCAUUGGAGCAGUACUACUCGGCCAUAUGGACGCACAACGGCGGCAGCUUGAUGAACGGCGGGUCCAACUACGAAGAGUUUGCAUCGGGCACUCUGCUGAUCAUCAAGCCACUGCUGCUGCACGCCGGUAUCUACACUGUCACCGUGGGUAACCGUCUUGGAGAGGAUUCACUCUCCUACACUCUGGAUGUCUAUAUUCCACCAACGUUUCUAGGAUUUCAGCAGCUAGGUGGCACAGUACUGCCGACCCUAACAGAGUCUGUCCCUCUGAACAUCACCUGCGAAGCAAUGGGAAUUCCCCUCCCGGAUCUCAUCAUCAGAACCACGGAUCAGAUUUUUCAGUUGGGUCUGAAUCGGAAUGGAAUCAUCAUAUCCCGAAUGACUGCGCAGCUCGUGACUGGGGAAUUUGGUGUUCGUCUGACUUACUACAAUCCCGAUGCAAUGGCGUUGGACCAGGAGCGGCUGUUCUGUCUGGCACAGUCUGAGGCUGGGUCGGCGAGGGCGACUAUAGUCUCACCGCUGAGAGUUCUCGGUGCACCAGGGGACAUUCAAUCCGCGCUGAUUCUACCACAGGCCGAGCGUCACCGGUUUACAAUGGCGUUGAACUGGCGCGCCGCCGAGACGACCUUCGCGAACGUAACGCAUCAGCUGUGCUACCGACGGAUCUCAACGGGCGUCGCGGCCAACCCGACUGUGCGCAUUACGGAGCCAGCGGCAAACCCCGGGAGGCCUGGCAUUAGUGGAUUAGUAACCACCGAGAGACAGUUGACUCUGCUCACCGGCAGUACCGCGCAGCCUUCCACGCUGUCCGGUAGAACCCCUACUCCGGUUCCGAUACAGCUACCCACGGCAAGGCCAGGCCCAGGUGAUGGCGAAGAAGAGGGCAGCACCUCACAUCCUUUGACCCUUUCUGUCAGCAACCCUCCUCCUGUUCCAGUGCAGCCAACUAUGCCCAGGCCAGGCCCAGAUGAUGGCGAGGAAGAGGGUGAGGAAAUCAUUCCUACUUUGCCAGUAACCAGAGUUUCUGAGAGUUUGCCCAUUCAAACGCCUGCUGAAGAAGAGGGUCUGGAAACUCUCGUUCCGGUCCGCCCAAGUCCAGGCCCAGGUGAUGGUGAGGAAAAGGGUGAAGAAAUCAUUCCUACUUUGCCAGUUAGCAGACCUGAGAGUUUGCCAAUUCAAACGCCUGCUGAAGAAGAGGGGGAAGGAGAGGAGGAAAGCCCUGCUACAAAGCAGCCAUUGACCCGACCACCACCCACCAGAGGGAAACGCCACUCCGAAGAUGAAGAAGAAGAGGAAGAAGAUGUUCACACUCACAUACCGGAUGCGUCAAUGAACAUCGAAACCGAGCCCGGUCAGCAGUCAACGCAGGAAGUGACUGAUCAUUCACUGGUAUUUCGUACUGUGGCUCCGAGUCACACGCAGCCGGAUCGCCAAACAGCCGACCCGCUGCCCGGAGGUGCCUUUUUGCCCAUUCAGACGACGCAGCCAUCAACUCCAUCACCUUCGCCCAACACCAACGUUGACCGACUCGGUCCUAUGUUCUCGCUUCCCUCUAGCGAUGGGCCAGAGGACGAACAGCAGUGUGUAUUUAUACACCAGCCCACAUUGCUGACGGUCAAUAACGAGAACAUGUUGUUCGGUGCACUUCUACGAGGCCUGGUGGGCUAUUCAACGUACGCAUUUGCCGCCCUAGCCAUAGCCGAACCUUCAUACGGACCGCUGUCUGAAACCUACUACAUUACUACACCACCUUCAAGGCCAUAUCCGCCGGAAGAUCUGACUGUUGUUGAAGUGGGGGCUUUUCACGUAUACCUUCGCUGGCUGCCACCGACUAGGUUUGUCGGCCCUAUCCUAAACUAUACGGUCAGCUUGUCUGGAGUGUUCCGUGUGCUGCCAACGCAGCUAUCUCGUACAGUCCAAGCACCGCCGUUCAACGCAUCCGUACCACCAGCACAGCAACGUGAACCUGUGUACCUGAACUACACCGGUCUGUUCCCGUCUCUGCGGCUGACAAUCACCGUAACACCUAGCACUGCGGCCGGGCCUGGUGAUAGUGCCAAGGUAUCUGCAAAUACACCAGGUGCUGUUUUACCACCCACAAUACCAACCAACGUGAGAUCUUUGGAUCCAGAGCAAUAUCGAAGCUUGAUACCGGAGCGUUUCAGACUGUUUGGCCAGUCUAUGCUGACUUGGCAUGUGGACGAGUUUCAGCAGACUGAUCGCACUGUUCACUUUUAUCAGAUCCUGGUGGUGAAGAAACCAAACAACAUAGCCAUAUUCAGUGAGACCGCAGAGAGUAGUUUCCCUAUCGGCAGUGCAAACAUUCGUAAUUACGAUGAGGUACAGAACUCCCAGCCUGGAGAGUUACUAGCGUACAUUGCUGGUGAGCUGCAGACUGAUGACUUUCUGGGCGGCAUUGCGUAUUUCAGCGGUGGAGUGGCAAAUCGGACAAGCUCCCUAUUUCUAGAAGGCUCAUUCGUGCACAACGGACCUUUGGAAGCUGGGACCACUUACAAUGCAUUUGUACGGGCCUUCGUACGGCGAUCGCAGAGUACUCGCGGCAAACGCCAGCAGCUGUCUCGACUUGAGGACUUCGAUGUCGUCACUGGACCAUUUCUGUUCGAGCAGCAGACUAGCGAAGAGCCAUAUUCCGCUCCAUCCUCAUCGUCCGAGUCGAGCACGGUUGGAGCGAUUAUUGGCGGUGUGUUUGCCAUCCUAGCAAUCAUCAUCGUGGUCAUUGGUGUUAUUUUCUUGAAAAACUUUGAGCGCGGACAAAAGCUGCGUUACCAGAUCAGCAUCAAGCGCCGUGCGUCAUCACAUGACCUUGCCAGUCCUACAAAGGGCAAAGCCCGUACACCUAGCACCCCCGCAGCCUUAGUAAUGGUAAACCCUCUCAAUCAGAAGUUCAUGGAGGACUCCAUGGAUACCUCCACGGUUACCACCAGCCAAUCAUCAGCUAGCCACCAGGAAUCCGAGCUCGAUCGAAUGAAGCGCUUUUCGUCCACGGAUUUCGAAAGUGAAUACAAGAGAAGGAAGCCGAUCGCAGUAGAGCACUUUUCUCGUUACGUGGAAAGACAGCGGAAGAAUGAGUGUUUCCGAUUCGAGCGGGAGUAUGAGAUCCUCACAAAGAGAUCCCCACUGCUGGAUGCUGUCUAUUCGCAACGGCCAGAAGUGGAGGAUAAGAACCGCUACGCCAAUGUGUUCGCUGCUGACGACACUCGCGUAGUCCUGCCCAGGGUUGAUGACAAACCAGGCUCGGACUACAUCAAUGCCAACUACAUUGAUGGAUUUGAAUGCAAGCGCGAGUACAUUGCCACCCAAGGCCCUCAAGGCAACACGUGUGAUGAUUUCUGGUGCAUGGUCUGGAAAGACAACGUGAAAACCAUCACAAUGCUGACCAGGCUAGAGGAGAGGGCAAAGGUGAAGUGCAACCAGUAUUGGCCCAAUACUGGUACGCGUUGCUACGGCGAUAUCUCCGUGACAGCCUCCGGCGUGAAGGAGACGAGUGAUUACACAAUCCGAACAUUCAAGCUUGUGAAGAGUGAUCUACCGGAAUCGGAAUUGGUCGGCACUGAGCGCAUAGUCACCCAGUUCCACUUCACGUCGUGGCCCGACUACGGUGUGCCACUGCUGACGGCGCCACUGCUGUCAUUCCUGCGGCGUGUGCGUCAUCACCAGCCUCACAACUCCUGCCCUGGUUGUCCGAUUGUGAUGCACUGCAGUGCUGGUAUUGGACGAACAGGCACACUGAUUGCCAUAGACUCACAGCUACGACAAGCACAUGCUACGGGUGCACUGGAUCCCUAUACCUAUGUACUGGGAAUGAGAGGACAGAGAUCUACCAUGGUGCAGACCAAGGAGCAAUAUUUCUUCCUGCACUGUGCUAUACAAGAUGCAGUACACUACGGCAGUACUGCGGUUGGCGGCGACGGCAUUGCGAUGGAUAUUGAAGAUUGCCUUACGAUGGAUAGCGGCACAUCGUGCAAUGCAUUUUCCGAGUUCGAGCUACUGCAAUCAUCUGAUUUCAAGCUACCACUGAAGCAGGGUACGUUGAUCAAGGACCGCACAAGAACCAGCAACAUUCCAUACAACCAUAACAGAGUGCGGCUGCAACCAAUACCGGGAGUCGACGGUUCCGACUACAUCAAUGCAUCCUAUAUUGAUUCUUGGAACACCAGACAGGGUUUCAUCACUGCUGAAACACCGACCAAGAAGACCAGUGCUAUUUUCUGGAACAUGAUCUGGCGCGAGCGUGUAUGCAUCAUUGUUGCUAUGGAGACGGGAGACAAGAAGGAUGACUGCGCAGUGUACUGGCCCAAGGUGGUGCAGAAGUCAUUGCUACUGGAGACGUACUCUGUGAACCUGGUGUCCUCUGAAGCUGUCCUGUGUGGCAGUGAUACAUCGAAAACUGCAGCAGUACAACGGCUCACACUCCAGUUGUCUCAUGAGCAGUUUGAAGAAGAACGUAACCUGAUCAUCUAUCACGUGCCACACUGGACAGCUACUGACGUCCAGACCUACCCGAACCCGGCAGAUGUGCUGAUGAUGCUCAGUGCUGUGCAGAGUGAUGUGGCCGAGGCGGAGUCGGCUGCUCCCGUGCUUCUCCACUGUCGGGAUGGUAGCUCAUUGUGUGGAACGCUGGUCAGUGUGGCUGUGUGCCUGGAGCAUUACCGGGAUGUUCAGCAGAUUGACGUUCUCCAAGCUGUCCUCAACCUGAGAGCCCAGCGCAUGGGUACCGUACCAAGCAAGGAGCUCUACAGAUAUAUCUACGAGUGCCUGCGAGUACGGCUUAUGCCUUGAUUCCGCUCCGUUGCCUGCUGAACCUUGCAAGGAUGUGCCAAGUUUCAAAGGAGGAUAAGAAUUUGCAGAUCAGACAAUUCAAGAUAGCUUUGAAGACUCCACUUUGCGGCUUUGCACGCGCAUGAUUACGAGGCAAAUCCACCCCACUCGUUCCGCCUUUUCUGAACUUACUCCCACGCAUAAGAUGCUGCCCGGAAUCUCCCAAUACAUGGACUCGCCAGUUGUUGAAGUUGAACUGUUACUAAUAUGCUGCUGAGAGAAUGCAUCUCUCGUUGCACACAUAAUAACCCCAAACACGUUAAGUUAUUCAAUUGGCUUGCCAGCCACCUCAAACCCCUCAAAGAAUUCCUACAUUUACCAUCGCUUUGCUCAAGGCAUUUUCGACGACCACCAGCCGACCAGCCGACGGCCACCAGCCACAGUGAGUUCCCUUCGGGUACGGACACGAUAAUUUACUUUUUUUACUUUACCAGCCACGUGUUAUGUAUCACCUGUGCCAUUGAGUUGACAGGUCUUCCAGUUUCAGCAAUACAGAAGUGUUCGAUCAA